GGGUUGAGGCUUCUCUGUUCAGACUUGUCAAACUAGUUUCAUUUCAAAUACUUGUAAUUUGUUCCCUUAUGUCUUCCAGUCAUAGACAUCUAAAAUAUCUAGAGAUGUCAUAUAGCUGAUUAGAAAAUCAGGUUGAGUGGGCACAGACCUCUAAGAUCAUAUUCUUCCUCCCACAGAUGAUGUAUCGAUGACCUCUGCUACUGUCUGGAGAGGGAUAAGGGAAUACUAACUUCUUGAGAGUUCACAAGAAUUUAAAGCCAGUAGAAAGGAAGAAGAAGUGAAAGCAAAAACAAAUUCAAGACUUGACCACAAUGGACAUGGGUGGUCCCUCUGCUCGGUAGGAUUUGGCACCCAAAGCAGAGGUUUCAAACCAUGGAUGAUUGCUCUUAUUGUAUUAUUACUGGCAGUGGUAACUGUGGCCCCUGGUCUUCUGGCUCACUUCUUAGUCUCUGGCCAGAAAAUGGAGUAUUAUCAUGGCACCUUUAAAAUUUCAGAUCUACGAGUCAAAAGUAAUUCUGGACAAAGCAGCCCAUACCAGCUUAAGGACUUAAAGGAGACGAGUGAAAAGUUGGUGGAUGAGAUAUUUAUAGAUUCGGCCUUGAACAAGUAUUAUAUCAAGAACCAAGUAGUCAGACUGACUCCAGAGGAAGAUGGUGUGAUAGUAGAUGUCAUUAUGGUGUUCCAGUUCCCCUCUGCUGAGUCAAGGGCAGUGAGAAAAAGGAAAAUCCACAGCAUCUUAAAUGAGAAGAUAAGUAACACCAGAGCUUUGUCAAUAAAUGCCUCGUCAGUUGAACUUGAUGCAAUGAGCCCAUCGACAGGGAAGCUAACUGUCCAAGCAUGUUGUGGUAAACGAGUUGUUCCAUUAAUAGUGAACAGAAUAAUGUCCGGAGACAUUGUGGGCAAGUCUUCCUGGCCUUGGCAAGCUUCCCUUCAGCAUAAUAACACACAUCAAUGUGGGGCCACCUUGAUUAGUAAUACGUGGCUUGUUACCGCAGCGCACUGCUUUAAGAAUAAAGCAAAUCCACAUCAAUGGACUGUUAGCUUUGGAACAACAAUCAACCCUCCAUUAAUGAAAAGAAAUAUCAAAAGAAUUAUUGUCCAUGAGAGGUAUCACUCCCCAGCAAGAGAAUACGACAUUGCUGUUGUGCAAUUAUCAUCCAGCGUCACCUUUACUGAUGAGAUCCGAAGAGUUUGUUUGCCAGAAGCCUCUGUGUCCUUCCAACCAAAUUCAACUGUCUAUGUCACAGGAUUUGGAGCACUUUUUUAUGGUGGGGAAUCCCAAAAUGAUCUUCGAGAAGCCAGACUGAAAAUCAUAAGUGAUGAUGUGUGCAAGCAGCCACAUAUGUAUGGCAGAGAUAUAAAAUUUGGAAUGUUUUGUGCUGGCUAUCUGGAAGGAAUUUAUGAUGCCUGUGGGGGUGAUUCUGGGGGACCUUUAGUUGGAAAGGAUCUUAAAGAUACCUGGUAUCUCAUUGGAAUUGUGAGCUGGGGAGAGAACUGUGGGCAAAAGAACAAACCUGGAGUCUACACAAAAGUGGCUUAUUACCGAAACUGGAUUACUUCAAGAACAGGCCUCUAAUUCACUAUACAAGUUAAACAUUGAGAGCUGUAUGCAGGUCAUACAUGUAUGAGAAUCCAUAUAUUCUGUGGUUGUAGUACAAUGAAGUGAGAUUAAAUGAUAUGAUUUAUUUCAGAAUCACUUUAAUCAAUCAAAAUCCCAUAGCCAAUUUGUAAAGUAUUUAAAUUUAUAAGGUACUGGGUCAGUUUAGCCUGGCUUGAAAAAUACAGCAGAGAUACUGAGCUCUUUAAAUCAGCAAGCUAGAGUAUAAAAGAGGAGCAAUGCAAAUUUUUGAGGAUAAUCUGUAAGAUUUUUAGAGUGUCUUUUUCCCUUAAGUGAGAAACUUUUUGAACUCUCAGAGUUUAGGAAACCCUUACAUAAUUUUCUAUCAUUUCUCCAGAGGUCACAAAUACUUUUUUCUAGUUCUUACAGGUUUUCCAAAGAAAUUUUCCAUACUUUCUAUUUAUAAAUCCAUUGGAGGGAUCCCAAUUUUUAAAAAAGUUAUAUCUAGGAAACAAAGUAUGGUGACAAAUCAAGCCAGAGAUCUUAUAACCUUUGUCUGCUGCAAAAUCUCCCUAAUUUUUCAGUGAUUCUUUAACAUACACCACCCCCCCGCCACACACACACGCACAGAGAAUAUCCCUACCUUCAGAUAUACCCAGAAAAAGCCUGCUUAAUGAAUAUAUACAGUAAUUAGCUAAUCAAAGAUGUAUUUUUGUUACAAAAAUUGGGGGGAAGGUGAUAGUAACUUCAUGAGCAGUCCAAAAAUAAUGGCACAAAAAUUGGAUAUUUUAUAGAUGCAUUUACAUGUUUGGACCACCAGAAGGCAGCUUUGUACAUUAUUGCUGUAAGCUUAAAUGCCUAGAAAAAAUGAGAAUUUGUUAAUAUGUUGAAUAAUUAAUGAGCAUUAUCCUUCCACACAGAAAGAAAAAGUUUAUUCUUUUGUAUUGCUGCAGCCAAUUAUCUCCUAAGACUUGCAGCAACAGCCUGACUAUUGCAACCAUGAAACAAUAGUUUUUGUUUUAAUUUAAUAAAUAUAAAUUUUGAGGACCAACCAUACAGAACACAUGAACAAAGUGAUUAAAUGAACCCCCUAAGUGUCUCAUGAAGACAUUAGGUGAGUCAGGCUCAUGUAUUCCAUGAUACAAUUAAAUGAAGAUUUUGUGGAAACUGUUACUCUGUGUGACAAUGCUGACUAAACAUCAGGGUUAUAGGUGGGGCGUCGUUUACUCAUGCAGUCCAGAUAUAAAACAAACUGUUAGAAAAUUGAGUGAUUUUAUAACGAUCUCCCCCAUGUGCUAUUGAUAAGGCAUAAAAAUAAUCCUAAAAGCAACGAAGACCCAAUGCAGCCAAAAAUAAAUAAUAAAUAUUUUAAAAAUCCUAAAAUAAUCUAAAAGAGAUUUAAAAUUUAUUCACCAUAAAAAUUGAUCCAUAACUUAGACUCAAAGAAUUUUAAAGCUUAGGAGAGACUACACGUCAUGUGGGCCAGUACACUUAGGGUUCAGAGAACUGAAGCCAGGAAAAGUAAAUAACUUUGUGAAGCUGUAGGUAAUUUGUAUCCCCAGGGGACCUAGAACCCAGGUACAAAUUUCACAGGCCCUUUUCUUACAAAGUAUCUUUAUGAUUGUCUAUAUUUAUUGAAUCAUCAGCUGUAUAAAAAUUUCAGUGAGUUCUAUUGAAUCUGUUUUAAAUUAAGAAACUCAAGAAUUGUAAACGGUCUGAUUCACUUAGGCAGCUGGCUGCCAAUUCUCUGAACUCACUUUAAGAUAAAGCUGCUUUUUCUUAUAUAAAAAUAUACACAGGCAUAUAAAUUAUUCAAUAUUAUGGUGGCAAGAUAUAAUUCUGAUUUCUAGUGUUAAGGUUCAAGAAAUGAUCUUAGAGUUAUAACUUUAUAUUUCUAAAAUGUUUUGUGAAGCACUUAAUCCUGGGUCACAUGUAAACAAAUGCUGAUAUAUUAUUUAAAAUCUAAUAAUAAAGUUGGUGAUCAGAGCAUUCUACAAAUAAUAUCAUUGAAUCUGUGUUAGGCCAAUAGCAUGAAUCUUUCUUUCAACUUCUGUUAAAAAUUACAUUUCUUUUAAAUAACUAGUUUGGGUCACUCUGAAGCAGAAUUUCUCAACUUUGGCAUUUUUGACCUUCUGGUCUGGAUAAUUCUUUAUUUUAAGAGGCUACUCCAUGCAUUGUAGAAUUUUAGCAGCAACCCUGACCUCUGCCUUCCCUUCUAGAUGCCUGAAAUACAUUCCUUCCCCCCAAAUUAUGAUAACCAAAAAUGUCUUCAGACAUUGGCAAAUGUCUCCUAAGGGGUGAACUUGUUCCCUUUUGAGAACUACUGUUCCAAAGACAUUUGAUUAUUUUCAGAAAUGCCAGCGAUAUCUCAAAAUUAUGACACUGAGCAUUCAAAAACUAUAGUCUCCUGGUCAAACUGUAUGUUCACUAUCAUGUUCCUAAAAGAAACAGCAGAAUAAGUGACUGAUGCUUUAGUCAGUGGCUAUUUCAAAUACAUAGUGAUCUUCCCACACACAAUGUGCCUAGCAUUUCUCUCAUACUCCUGCCUACGGUAUAUUCAUAGAGAACCAUCAACCACUGCUAUAAAGAUAGGUUUUCUAUGAAUAUACCCUCUAGUAGAGUUUCUCUAUCUUGACCACAAUCCACAGCAAGAAAUAUAUUUUACAUCACAGCUCCAUAAAUAUGUAACAAAAUACUAUGUAUGAAAAAAUGAAACAGAAGUUUCAUAAAACAAUACCUACC